CUAUACUUAAACACUAAAAAUUUCAUUUUUCAUCCAACGAAUUUAAAGACAAAAAAAAGAAGCGUCUCGUAUGCCUUUUUAUAUAAUAAAUCAUUCGAAUAUUUUGUCAAUGCUUGGCAACAUGAUGACGUAAAAGUGUAUACACUUUCUAGUAUUUCUUGUUGACGAUACGUACGUCGUUUGAUUAAAAUUGUUUUGCAUUAUACAUGCAUUAAACCUUUUUAUUGGAAAACAAUUUUUUUUUUAUUCAUCAAAAAACUUUGUAGAUAAUUAAUACCUUUUUAUUUCAAAAUAUUUAAAAAAAAGAUGGCUGACACAUUCAAACCGUAUUUACUCAGCUCGCAAAAACAAAGAUUUUCAACUGACGAAGCAAAUUGUGGAAACGUAAACCUUAACACAAGCUUGGAUUUAGAAGACAAUCUGAAUUUAUAUAACGCCGAAAUUGAAGCCAACGACUAUUUAAGUUAUUCUUUUAGAGAAAAAAUUCUUGGAAAAAAUGAAGAACCACAUAUUUUAUACAGCCGGAAUGAAAAACCAAAUUCAUCAAUAAAAACACCAAACGAUAUCGUUAAAAACGUUGCGGAUAAUCCUUGUGAAAACAACAUUAUAAGUUCUAAAACUUCUAUAGAUAUUUUUCAUAAAGACUUUGACAAAACAUCUCCUAAAAUUUUUGACAAGAAUAAAAAGAACCAUAGCAACGAUAAACUUUUAAAAACCACUGACCGUGAAAUUAACCUAGAUAAUGGUGUUAGUGACAUAAGCGAAUUACAAAAAAAAUAUGAUAAGGCAAUUAAAGAUUUUCGAUUACUAAGAUUAACUCUUCAAGAAAAUAUGGAAAGAAACUAUAAUCGGACAGAAUCUACCGCAAAUUUAACAAAAAAUGUUGAUCAUUAUCGUUCUCAAGAUGUUUUACAACUUCAGAUGUAUCGCGCACAACCCGAUGUUGUGCUGCGUCAAAACCUUAACAGGUACUCGUCGCAAGAGAACUUAUUCAAACGAAAAAGUGAUAUAAAUCUCGAGGAAAAAUUGAACUCUGAUUUGUUUAAAAAUGACAAUAGGAUAUCAUACUUCCAAUAUAGCAACAGCAACAUUGCCGCACAACGAGAAUUUCAAAGUGAGCUGCGUGACCAUUCAGCAAAAAUGAACUUUGAAAGAUAUCUUAAAGGCAGUUUUCAAAAUCUACCAUCAGAAGACAUCGGAUACAGUGGAUCUGGUAGCGGAACUCCGCGAGAAGAUUUACUUUAUUCAUCUGAUCAAUUAUCAAGAACUGACAGUAUGAGUUCGCGCACAAGUUCAGCCAUAGCAUCGUUUGAUUCUGGUCUUCCCAUGAGUUACGUUGGACAACAUAAUUCGUUAGUUGUAGUAGCUAUUGAUUUUGGUACCACAUUCAGUGGAUAUGCAUUUUCUUUUACCCGAGAUUCAAAUAGCAUUCAUAUGAUGCGUAGAUGGGAAGGUGGCGAUCCUGGCGUAACAAACCAAAAAACACCAACAACCUUGUUACUUAAACCAGACGGUUCAUUCCACUCUUUUGGGUUUGGUGCAAGAGAUUUUUAUCAUGACCUUGACGCAAUGGAGUCAAAGAAAUGGCUUUAUUUUGAUAAAUUUAAGAUGCUAUUGCAUUCUUCUCAGGAUUUGCGCACUGGUAUUGAAAUAAAAGCGUCAAAUGGGAAAUUAUAUCCUGCACUAAAGGUGUUUACUUACGCUUUAAAGUUUUUUAAAGAGCACGUUUUAGCCGAACUAUCUGAUCAAUCAACUGCACAGCUCUGCGAAGAAGACAUAACUUGGGUGCUGACUGUUCCUGCGAUAUGGAGGCAACCAGCAAAACAAUUCAUGAGAACAGCAGCCUAUGAAGCUGGCAUUGCAUCUCCGGCUCAUCCGGACCGUUUAUUGAUCGCACUUGAACCAGAAGCUGCUUCAAUAUUUUGCCGUAAACUAAGAAUUCGAGAUUGUGUAAUUGAAGACGACUUAAAAGCAAAAUUGGGCAAUGAUUCUUUUAUUUCCGAAGAGUUUGAAGGAAAAACAGAAUAUAUUGUUGUUGAUUGUGGCGGUGGUACCGUUGAUUUAACCGUACACGAACUUGAUGUAAAUCAAGGAACUCUCAAAGAACUACAUAGAGGUACUGGUGGCCCGUGUGGAGCAACCGGUGUAGAUAGAGAAUUUGAAAAUCUCUUGAAAAAAAUAUUUGAUCCCGAUUUUAUUGAAAAAUUUAAAUUAAAGCGACCUGCGGCGUGGAUUGAUCUUAUGAUUUCUUUUGAAGCAAAAAAACGAAUGGCUAGACCAGAAAAUGAAACUCCUUUAAAUAUAUCUCUACCUUUUAGUUUUAUUGAAUAUCAUAAAAAACACAAAAAAAUAUCAAUAGAAACAGCCGUAAAAAAGUAUAAAAGUCCAGAUAUAAAGUGGUCAUCCCAAGGAAUGUUAAGAAUAUCUGCAAAAAUUAUGAAAACUUUAUUUCAACCCGUAAUGGGUGCCAUUAUUGAGCAUAUUGAAAAUUUACUCACACGACCGAGUCUAAAAGGAGUAAAAUACUUAUUUUUAGUCGGAGGUUUUGCUGAAUCUCCUCUGCUUCAAAACUCAAUACGCGAGUACUUUGCAAAUCGUGUUAGAGUAAUUAUACCUAAUGACGUUGGGUUAGCAAUUCUAAAAGGUGCUGUAUUGUUUGGAUUAGACCCUACAGUUGUGCGUGUAAGACGAUCUGCUUUGACAUACGGUGUUGGCGUAUUAAAUAAAUUUGAUCAGGAAAAACACUUGCAAUCAAAAAAAGUUAUAAAAGAUAAUGUAGCAUGGUGCAAAGAUAUAUUUGAUCGUUUUGUUCGCGUAGAUGAAUCUGUUGGAAUUGGUGACUGUGUAACAAGAAGCUAUGCACCAGCUCGCUCUAAUCAAAAGUCAACAGUAAUUAAUAUAUACUGCACUGAAAGCUCAGACGUUUUAUACACAACAGAUCAUGGAGUUCAAAGGUGUGGAAAGAUCCGUAUUGAAAUGCCAGAUAUAAAAAUUGAAGAUAUUCGACCUGAUAAAAGAGGAAAACCACGCGAAUUGCAAGCCUCGAUGUUAUUUGGAGAUACAGAAAUAAAAGUAUCAGCUGUUGAUAUUCUUAGUGGUAGAGCUGCUCGGGCAACCAUAGAUUUCCUUAAUUACUAAAGUUUUCAUUUAUCUAUUUGCUGUUUUGGGUUUUUCGUGCAAACACUGUAAAUGAAAAAUUUUUGAAAAUGAAUUAUAUCGAACAAUAAAAAUACAUCAAGCUAUAGGAAUCAAAUCGAACUAUAUUAUCAUGCAAUGAACAUUUGACUUUAAUUUAUUAGUUAUUUUAGUUAUAUAAUUUUAAAACUAAAUUUUAUGUAUAAAGUUUUUUUUUAUAAAUACUAAUAUUUAUUUAUAAAUAGAAUGUAAAUUAUUUUUA